UUUCAAGAUGGACGACAAAAUGAUCAACAAAGAUUUUAUUUUGUAAAACAUCCUUAAUUACUUUCAAUACAAAGUCUUUACUCAACACUAAAGUAUGAUAAGCUAGAAUAGAUGGUGUUAACAAUGUACACGUAAAGCAGAAAGAUGACAACUUGUACAGAGAGUGUACCAAGUCUGGUGAAAGAGUUGUGUGAAAAUUGUUUGAAACAUAAUCCACAGCGGGCUUUUCUCACACAACCAACAGAAACAAGAGAACACAUCAAUAGGACGUUACAGAGGAAGGUUUAUGAUACUGUGUUUGGUUACCUGAGGAGUCAGCAGAGAAUUGAUGACAAAGGAAAGGAUGAAAGAAUCAACAUACUAUCAUUCAUUCUUCAGCUAAGAUACAAGAGAAAGUUUGAUGAGGCUAACAGACUAGAAUCUUUAUUUGACAGUUUACUGGGAGAUGACAGUGUUGAACAUGAAUCCAUCAGAUCAGUGUUAACAUUACUUAUGGCUUUGGCAGAAUUCCCCAACCAGACAGAUAAAGAAGUUGUUGGAUAUGGAGAGACAAAGUAUCCUGUUGUCAGACCUGAACAGACAGAUACCCUAGUGUUACCAUGGGGACCACAGUGUUAUGGAGAUUGUCAUGUGACUCAACCAGACAACAAGUUCUACAUGCAUUAUCCACUGGAGAUUUUUAUGGCUGAUCAAGUGAGACAACCUGAACCUUUUACUAAGAUCUUUCAAGUAACACCAGGGACAGAUCUUCAAGGAAACAGUUUGUUUAAUGUAAAGGGUUACCUCAAUGAUCAACAUGAAAGAAUGACGACUGGUACCCUGUUUGGAGGACUGGUACAGGGAAAGUUUACCUCCCUUGAAGACAAAUUAGAACUUCCUGAUUUACCAGACGAUGAAGAUAGUGGAAUGUUUGAAAUCAGAAUUCCAAGUGUUCAAUCUAUUGAUAGAAUGGUUUUGGAUGACAAGGCUUCCACGGGUAUAGAUACUAUGUCUUGUAGUAUUGUAUCACAGGAUUCUGGUAUAGACACAUCAAUAUGGGAGGAGUGUUUAUCUCAUGUCCUUAGUAAACAUUAUACCUGGGAGACCAGUAAAUGUAUUGUAUCACAGGAUUCUGGUAUAGACACAUCAAUAUGGGAGGAGUGUUUAUCUCAUGUCCUCAGUAAACAUUAUACCUGGAAGUCCAGUAAAUGUAUUGUAUCACAGGAUUCUGGUAUAGACACAUCAAUAUGGGAGGAGUGUUUAUCUCAUGUCCUCAGUAAACAUUAUACCUGGGAGACCAGUAAAUGUAUUGUAUCACAGGAUUCUGGUAUAGACACAUCAAUAUGGGAGGAGUGUUUAUCUCAUGUCCUUAGUAAACAUUAUACCUGGGAGACCAGUAAAUGUAUUGUAUCACAAGGUUCUGGUAUAGACACAUCAAUAUGGGAGGAGUGUUUAUCUCAUGUCCUCAGUAAACAUUAUACCUGGAAGUCCAGUAAAUGUAUUGUAUCACAGGAUUCUGGUAUAGACACAUCAAUAUGGGAGGAGUGUUUAUCUCAUGUCCUCAGUAAACAUUAUACCUGGGAGUCCAGUAAAUGUAUUGUAUCACAAGAUUCUGGUAUAGACACAUCAAUAUGGGAGGAGUGUUUAUCUCAUGUCCUCAGUAAACAUUAUACCUGGGAGAUCAGUGAAUGUAUUGUAUCACAAGGUUCUGGUAUAGACACAUCAAUAUGGGAGGAGUGUUUAUCUCAUGUCCUCAGUAAACAUUAUACCUGGAAGUCCAGUAAAUGUAUUGUAUCACAGGAUUCUGGUAUAACCACAUCAAUAUGGGAGGAGUGUUUAUCUCAUGUCCUCAGUAAACAUUAUACCUGGGAGACCAGUAAAUGUAUUGUAUCACAGGAUUCUGGUAUAGACACAUCAAUAUGGGAGGAGUGUUUAUCUCAUGUCCUCAGUAAACAUUAUACCUGGGAGACCAGUAAAUGUAUUGUAUCACAGGAUUCUGGUAUAGACACAUCAAUAUGGGAGGAGUGUUUAUCUCAUGUCCUUAGUAAACAUUAUACCUGGGAGACCAGUAAAUGUAUUGUAUCACAGGAUUCUGGUAUAGACACAUCAAUAUGGGAGGAGUGUUUAUCUCAUGUCCUCAGUAAACAUUAUACCUGGGAGUCCAGUAAAUGUAUUGUAUCACAGGAUUCUGGUAUAGACACAUCAAUAUGGGAGGAGUGUUUAUCUCAUGUCCUCAGUAAACAUUAUACCUGGGAGUCCAGUAAAUGUAUUGUAUCACAAGAUUCUGGUAUAGACACAUCAAUAUGGGAGGAGUGUUUAUCUCAUGUCCUCAGUAAACAUUAUACCUGGGAGAUCAGUGAAUGUAUUGUAUCACAAGGUUCUGGUAUAGACACAUCAAUAUGGGAGGAGUGUUUAUCUCAUGUCCUCAGUAAACAUUAUACCUGGAAGUCCAGUAAAUGUAUUGUAUCACAGGAUUCUGGUAUAACCACAUCAAUAUGGGAGGAGUGUUUAUCUCAUGUCCUCAGUAAACAUUAUACCUGGGAGACCAAUACUAUGUCUUGUAGUAUUGUAUCACAGGAUUCUGGUAUAACCACAUCAAUAUGGGAGGAGUGUUUAUCUCAUGUCCUUAGUAAACAUUAUACCUGGGAGACCAGUAAAUGCGGACCAGGGAGUACCGAGAAGAGGCCCUACAUAACAGAAGCUGGACCUGAGGCUUUAGACGAGUGGUACAAUAUGAAAAGACGAGAGAUCAACAUACUAUGUCCUUCUGUAGUGUUGCCACCAAGACGACUUGUCUCACAACGGCAACUGUGCCAAAACAUCAUAAGUGUCAUGUUAGGGAUUCCGUCAGUGACCUUUGAACUGUAUGCAUCUGUUGGAACAUUUUGCAUAAAGGAAGGAACUCACUUCACAGGAAUUACUCCACAAAGUCUCAAUAACAUCUGUCAGGAUUUUAUGGAAUGUGGCGCCAUCUACAUUCGACUGAAUUAUUUCUCCUUGCCACAGACCAUGGACUCAUUCUAUAAGAAAGGACUAAUAUUCCAGGCCUUCAUUGGAUCCAUAAGAAAAGUACUACAGCAUUAUAGGGCAGUUGUGUUGUCCAUCAAAGAGAAUAUGACAGUGUUGAGAAUGAAAUUCCAGUGUCAUCAGCUUUUUAAACAAAUGAGAUUUUUAGCAAGGCUUUGCCAAUGUGAGGAACAGUUUGACCCACAUGCAGAUCUUCAGUUUCCCUCUGGUAUUGAAUUAUUGAGUUAUGUUUACAAAGAGACAUUGGAAUCAGCCAGUUCUGACAGCUACCCUAUGAUGUUAUCCAUCUUACAGACCACUUGUGCUCCCUAUUUAUUAUGUUUAGAAGAUUGGAUAUAUCAUGGUCGCUAUAGAGAUAUAUAUGGUGAAUUUAUGAUUCAGGUUAAUGAGGACUAUAUUCAGUUCAGAGAUAAGUAUUAUUGGACUCAUGGUUUUACCCUGACAACCAGUGAAGUGAUGGAUUCUGUACCUUUGUUCCUUAGAGACUAUGCCAAGAAAAUCUUCAGUUGUGGAAAGUCUGUCAAUCUUCUCAAGACAUGCUGCCGUGAUCAUUUUCUGUGUCAGUUAGAAGACUUUGAGAUCCCUAGGAUCAUGGUGACGUAUUCAAGUGAAGAAAUGGAGGCUAUUAAAGUGCAAUGUGAUAUGUACGUCAGUAAAAUGAAACAGAUAGCCAAUCAAAUUACAAUGUCUAGGGAGGAGAAAAAAGCUAGAGCAGAAAAGGCUAAACAAGAUCUGAUACGUAAAGCCAGGGAAGUGGCAGAGAGACAACUGAAAGAAUAUCAAGAGAAAGUUCUUGCUGUAAAGAAAAAAGUUGAUGAAAGGAAGAGGAAACAAUUUGAAUUUCUGAAAGAUCAAAUGAAGACAGAUUUACAGAGGAGAGCAUCUGUAAAAGAGGCAAACAAGGAGGAAGAUAGACAGUUUAUCGCCAGGGUAACAAGAGCUGAAGAAGCUCUUACAGAGAAAGAGAUAGAACUGGAAAAGAAAGCAAAAGAAGAAAUAGAAGAGUACUACAGCAAGCUUACAGAAGAAGCUGCCUUUAGAGAACAGAAAGCAUUAUGGCGUGUCAGACGAGCUAAAUUAGAUCUGGACAGAAUCAACUUUCUACAACAUGAUCAAACUCAAUGGUCGACAGAAAUGGAGGCUAAUCCAGAACCUAAGAAAGCAGAAGAUUUUCCUGAUACAGUUGCCUUACCAGCCUGGGCAGAUAAAGGCUUAUCAAGUAAAAAACCUAAAGUCGUUGGGGAUAGCACUUUGCCAAAGUGGGCAAACAAGGGAGGUGUACAGAUGCCUGAUUGGGCAAGAGAUGAACUUGCAGAUGAAGAAAGUGUAUUUGAAAAUCUUGAUGAAAACAAAUCUCCAUCAAGACAGUUACCAACAGCUGGAAGACCUUCAACACCAAGAAUGAAACGUCUGCCUUCACCAAGAGUCAAAACAGGAAUAAAAUUGAACGAUUCUUUCUCUGCUUCUGCUGAAACGGAGGAAAUUGAUAGUCGAUCUGGUAUUCAGACAUAUCAGCAUGCUAACGCUACGAAAGAAUCGGAAGGAGUUGAGAAAGAUAAAUAUUCUGUCAGGCUGGUCGGAGAAAUGCAUGCUACCAAAGAAUCUAAACAGGAGGAGGAGUAUAAGAGCCAUAUAAAAAUACGGGAAGAUAUGCAUGCUACAAAAGAAACUGAGUCGAACGAUGAUAAAAUCCGUCCACAUAUUAAACCCAAUCUUAUGAUGUCAUCAACAAAAGAGUCAACAAAUGUACAAGAAACUAACUUUCCAAAAUUAAAGAGAAAUAAAGACAUGGAUUCUAAUACAGAAUCAACAGCUGCUGUAUGGAAAAUUAAAAAGCAGAGUGUUUUUGGUCAUCCCUCUCAAAUGACCAAAUUAGACUCAGUUGAUAUAGCAGCGCCAAAAUUAAAACGCUCCUUACAUUUUCACGCUUCAUUGGAAUCGGAGCUUAGAGAUUUUGGCAUUAAGCCAAGAAUAAGGAUAAGUAAAAACAUGUAUGCCUCUAAAGAGUCUGAGCCUUCUGUUAUUAAAAGACUGAGAAUUAAAAAGUCUGAACAGAUGUGGGCAACAAAGGAAUCAGAAAUGAUUGACCACGAUGCCCUCCGAUUGGAGAAGUUUAAGUCCAUUAAUGUAUACGGCCAUUCUUCUGACUCAACCGUACAGAAACUGUUGUAUGGAGACAAACAUAACAGGUCAUAUGAUGAAACAGAUACAAAAGGUUUUACUGUAGUUUUUACAGAAGUGCAAGUUUUAGAGAAAUUCACUUAUGAGGACCAGUUUGACCAUUUAGAACAUGAACCAGCUGUGGAUUUGUUGUCAUCGUCUGUUUCCACAUUGUACGGUGGAUUCGGCGAUUACGGAAUCAAUUUACGGUCAAAUGUGGACAUCUAUAAAUACAUGCCUUUACCUGAACUAUUCAAACAUUCUGUUACAAAGCCUCUCAGAUCACAAAUUUCCCUAGUAAACAAGAGUGUUAUAGAUUAUUUCACAGUAGAACUCCAGAUAGAGGAACAUUUCCAGGCUCUAAGAAGAUAUUUAUUGAUGGGAGAUGGCGACUUUUCACAGUUUUUUAGUGAUUUACUGUUUGAUAAGCUGUCAUCCAAUCCAAAACCAAGAGAGAUGUUGAACCCAGUAUUUUUAAAUGGUGUCCUGACCAAAUCACUUAGAUCUUCUAUGCAUGCUGAUGAUGUUUACGCAGAUAACCUGAGUUUUGCCAUAAAAUAUGUACCUCAGGUUCUACAACAAACAGCACAUGAUACUCUGGAUUGUCUAGAAUUGAGAUAUAAGGUUGUAUGGCCAUUAAACAUUGUGAUCACAGACAGUUUAAUAUGCAAAUACAGUAAAGUCUUCUCCUUCAUGCUUCAACUCAAAAGAAUUGUCUGGAGUCUUAAAGAUGUGUGGCACAGACUGAAAAGGGGAGCAAUUAUUCACAAGGCAGGAAAUAGUGUACAGUUUCGACAGCUACAGUUGUACAGACAAGAGAUGCAACAUUUUGUGAAGGUGAUGCAAGGAUACGUAGCCAGUCAGAUUAUACAUGUAUCAUGGAAGGAGUUCACAGAAUCUCUGACGACAGAUGUCAAGGACCUGGAUGAUUUACACAGAAUACAUUCAGAAUAUCUCAACAAAACUAUAUUUAGGUGCUUACUGAACAAGAAGGCUAGUCCAGUGAUGAAGAUAAUACAGGACAUAUUCAGCCUCAUUCUGAAAUUCCGUGUUCAGUUGAUUAAUGCUGAGUGGUAUACUGACCCAGAAUCUGGACAGUUAACACAUACAAACUUUGUAAAUAUGGUGUCUCUCUACAAAGCCUUUAGAGAAUAUUCUGUGUUUUUGUUCAAAGUUGUAUAUAAACUGUCUGUAAGAGGAUAUCAGCCUCAUCUUCAGGAAUUAUUACUUAGACUGAACUUUAAUGACUAUUACAAGGACAGAUAGAAACAGGUCUGAUUCUGACAAAUAUUUUAUAUAUCUGUGAUAAUUGCUUAGAAUAAACAGAAAAAAAUAUGUGAA